AUGACUCUGUACACCUUCACCUUCCUGUGUGCUUUCAGCGUCCUCGCUGCUCUUCAGGUGCCUGGCACCUUGGCUGGACCGUUCAUUGUGAACAAGGUAGCCGGCGUCAUCUCUCCUGCUGACCAGGAUGAGAUUGUGAAGUUGCAUAAUGACCUGAGAAUAACUGCUCAGCCUACUGCCGGCAAAUUGGUGAAAAUGAAAUGGGAUGCCGAGGUUGCAGCCAAAGCUCAGGAAUGGGCCGACACCUGCUCCAUGGAACACAGCCCUGAGAGCAGCAGAAUGAUCGGCACUGCUAGCUAUGGAGAGAACCUGUUCAAGUCCAACUCUAAGGUCACCUGGAGAAAUGUCAUCAGUUCCUGGUCUGGUCAGGGGCCGAGCACAAUACCAGGCACUGCCAUUGGAAAAGCAAACGGAGACCUCAGCCAGGUUGGCUGUGGCAUGUCCUACUGUCCCAACGCUGAAUACAAGUUCUUCUAUGUCUGCCUGCACUGGGCAUU